CUCUCUCUACCACAACCUGCUUAAUGAUUCCCCCUCCAUCCACAGCGGGGCAAAGGCUGCGGCUGUAACGCGACAGCAGCCAGCUGGAGCCACACGGAGCGGCAGCGCACAGGCGAACUCCUCAUCCCACCAGGCUGUGAUGCGCACGGGUGACGCCGCGCUCCUCUAGUCCGCACACAGACAGGCGCAGACUUGGCGUGGGAUCCGACCCUGCUGCGCCUCAUCUGGAAGAACAGCGUCGGGGGAAAAUCCCGCAAAAACCGCGACUCUCUCCGUGUCGUGUGCGAGUGAGAGAGAGUGUGCGCGCGCGUGUGUGUGUGUGUGUGUGUGUGUGUGCGCUCGGGAUUUUUUUCUUUUUCUUUUUUUAAUUUUUUUUUUAAUAGGCGAUCGUUGUUGAGAAUAAUCCGUUUUUUAGGUGAACGUUUCCAUCGGAGGAAGAGAGGGGGGUUUCUGGACUUUGCAGAGGAGACGAGCUGCUCAAUUCCGACAGAUAACCAGCAGAUAUAGGCUUUAAUCGGGAAUCAUGGGAAAGCAAAACAGCAAGCUGACUCCUGAGGUGAUGGAGGAUCUGGUGAAGAACACAGAGUUUAAUGAACAUGAGCUGAAACAGUGGUACAAAGGCUUCCUGAAAGACUGCCCCAGCGGCCGGCUGAAUCUGGAGGAGUUCCAGCAGCUCUACGUCAAGUUCUUCCCGUACGGCGAUGCGUCAAAAUUUGCACAACACGCCUUCAGGACCUUCGACAAAAACGGAGACGGCACCAUCGAUUUCCGAGAGUUCAUCUGCGCCCUGUCCAUCACUUCCCGCGGCAGCUUUGAGCAGAAACUCAACUGGGCCUUCAACAUGUAUGACCUGGACGGUGACGGCAAAAUCACCAGAGUGGAGAUGCUGGAGAUAAUCGAGGCGAUCUACAAAAUGGUGGGCACCGUGAUCAUGAUGAAGAUGAACGAGGACGGCCUGACACCGCAGCAGAGGGUAGACAAGAUCUUCAGCAAAAUGGAUAAGAACAACGACGACCAGAUCUCCCUGGAGGAGUUCAAGGAGGCGGCGAAGAGCGACCCGUCCAUCGUUCUCCUGCUGCAGUGUGACAUGCAGAAGUGAAGCUGCAUCCCUCACCCCACCUAAAACCUCCACCCCCCUGUCCCCCACUCCCUCUUCCUGCUUGCGCCUCUUUCUCUCUAGCCCCCCCACACCCAGUCUAUCCACACACACUGGACAGCCGCACACGUUUUAAUGUCUCAUUAGGUUCUCUGCCAUUUCCACAGGGAGAAGGAAAAAAGAAAAAGAAAAAGAAAAAAAAAAGAAAAACAACCCAUAAUAACAUAAAAGAAAAAAACAAAAUGCUUGGACUAUUUUUCAAUGGACUCGCUUCUUGUGGUCGUAUGCAUGAGAAUGUCAAAAUGCAGAAUAAUUUUGAAAAAUAGCUAUAAGAUAUCACAGAUUUCUAUUUCUAAACAUGCCAACGUGAUUCGUGCAAAGUGACCCUGUACAUUCUCACCUCUAGCUUGUAUAUCAGUGGAGCACUGCAUUCAGUUUUGUUUCAACAGUAUUUAGGAACCCCCUUCCCCCCUUUCCCGUCUCCCAGUGUUCACCGCUGCAACUACUGUAUGCUUUACAUGAUAGUAACAAAAACAAUAAUUCCUAUGAUAAUUGUAACUGUCUCUACUAUCCAGACUUGUUGAGCUCUCGGAGAAUAGAAAGCGGCUCCCGUCUGUUCCAGAUGUUCUCACUCAGUGGAACCGAGAAGAGUAGGUUCUUUGCAUGCAUAUAUUACGUGUCGAGAAAAAAAAACAACAACAAAAAAAACACUAUAUAAUCUCUUACCUUUUUUGCAUCUUUAGGUGGCUA